UGUCAAGAUAAUCAUGUCUUAUUGUCUUCAUUCAGGUUUGCUCUUUGCCGAGAUAGAGAGACUUUCUAACACCAAUCAAGAGUCCACUGAGAAUACCUAUCAUCCUCUAGUACUGUGUGGUGAUUUCAACAGUGUUCCGCACUCUCCUUUGUACAAGUUUAUCAAGGAAGGUCAUGUCACGUAUCAAGGUAUGGCCGGCGUGGAUGUAUCAGGACAGGAUGGACGAGCAAGAGUACUCAUGAGAAGCCCUCUAUGGCCCAAGGAGAUUGGAGUUAGCUCACACUGCCGUUAUGAAGACACUGAUGUCAUGACACAAUCAUCUAGAAAUUCAGGUGGUGCUCCAAGGCAUAAUCGACAGAAUUCAAGAGAUCGUCCUGCUGAUCAUUGUGUCCUGCCUGAUGACAGCCAGGGACACACUCAUCCAUCCUUUCUUCUUUUCUUCCGUCUAUGA